GGGCGCUACAGAGGAACAGAUUCGGAGGAGGGGCUGGGCUUCUCUGUGGCUGAGAAGCAGGGAGCCCGAGGCAAAGAUGGUUUACAUCUCGAACGGACAAGUGCUGGACAGCCGGAGUCAGUCCCCAUGGAGAUUAUCUUUGAUAACAGAUUUCUUCUGGGGAAUAGCUGAGUUUGUGGUUUUGUUUUUUAAAACUCUGCUACAGCAAGAUGUGAAAAAAGGAAGAGGCUACAGAAACUCAUCUGAUUCCAGAUACGAUGAUGGAAGAGGGCCACCAGGAAACCCUCCCCGAAGAAUGGGUCGAAUCAAUCAUCUUCAUGGCCCUAGUCCUCCUCCAAUGGCUGGUGGAUGAGGAAGGUAAACGUCUGCUCUAAGAAGCAGACAAGUAACCAUGCACAUUCAUAGUAGGAAACCAUCAAGAAAUGGAAGGCUGACCGUGUUGGACAAGAAGAUGAAUGUGUAUGUGUAAACAGGAAUUGCUCUGUGUCCUCACAGAUCAAUGAGGUCAUGCUGGGAAGUCCCCCUAUGGGGAUCUGGCCUGACUGACAUGCAGUUCUAUAAAUGCAAAUGUUCCUCUCAUCUGUUUUGUAUAGUCUAUUAAAGUAUUAAUAUAGUUUUAAUAAGUAAAUAUUUUUAGGUUGCAAAACUUGACUCAUGUUUAUAUAAUAAAUCUCAAACUCUGAACCUGAAGAAAAUAAAAGCCGUACUAUAUUGUACUAAAAUGCUGUUAGU